AUGUCCUCAGUCUCAUCUUUCUCAUCCGAGGAACAAGAGUUCGACGUAAGUGAGACCGACAGGAUGAGUGUGGCGUCGCAAGAGUCGACCCCCGCGCGUAUGCUGAGGCAUGAGAAGUACUACUUUGAAGAGGUCAACGUCAAACUUGUGGUUGAUAAUGUCCGAUACAACAUCCCGCGCAUGCUCCUCACCCGCCACUCGGCGUGGUUUCGCGAACGUUUUGCGCAGCCUGCGAACUGCCUUCCACCUGGAUGGACAAUACACACGAUGGAGGAUGGCAUGAAGGUAUACGCCAAUCAUAGCCUUGGUCGCAUUCAACGCGAGCGUCCUUACGAGAAAUCUCCGGAGAAUGUCUAUCGCUUGUACGGCGCAUCAAAAGAGGAGUUUGACGCGAUGUUGGCGGUGCUUCUCCCCGACGAUCUCGCAGAGCAUGACUUGAACGAAGGGCAAUGGGCGGCCGUUUUGAAGCUCGCCACACUCUGGGACUUUUCAACUGUCAAAGCGCUCGCUCAUCGGCAUCUCGCAACUCUGUGUCCUGGUGCUCCGCUCGAGCGCCUCAUCUUUGGGCGGACGCAUGGCUUGGACGACUUGGCGAAUUGCGCGCUACGAGAGCUCGUCGAGCGUGACGAGCCGCUGCAAGAGGAUGAGACCAUGCGACUCGCAAUUCCGGAUGUCGCGCGCAUCUCCAAGGGGCGAGAAUUGCGAUUCCGUGCGACGCUGGAUAGGUUCUCACAGGAGUUCGAGCGUUUAGGGCUGCCAGUUCCUCGUUUGGGCGGUGAUCCGGGGCAGAACAUCGAGACACCCUUUUGGAUGAACAUGGAGAUGCCGGGGUGGGAUUGGGGCGAUAAAAACCAGAGGGAAGACGGUGAAGACAGGUCGUCGAGAAUUGGUGUAUCUGAUAGCGCCCGUACAAGUGGGACAACUCCGGCACGAGAUGGGGAGCGGGCCUCAAAUUCGGAGACUGAAACGGUGGUGCGCGAGCGUGGGCCCAGAGGCGAACACAAGUCAGAGCAGUUGGCCGUCGUUGAAGAAGCCAAGGAAACGGCGGAGGAUGAAGAACUUGCACAGCUGGAGACUCUUGAAUGUCUUUCUGAGGAAACACGGAGGGUGAUUAGACACAUAUGUAGAUAG